AUGGAAGAUCCAUCACCGGUCAUUUCCACUUCGCAACCCUUAGAGGUGAUCAAUGAUUUAGAAGUUGCCUUUGAAGUUGCUGAAUCCACGGAAGGUCCGUGGCAGGUGCUAUAUCCCAAAGGCCGAGUUCAAGUGACCGGGGAAUCCUUCCAAGUGCGGCUGCGUGAAGAUGACACCAUCGCAGUGACUGUGAAGACUUUGUUGUUUGCUGGGAAGCCUGAGAUGAAGGUGACGAUUUCUGAAAUGGAUGAAGACUUCUGCACAAGGGUGGCACACUGGCUGCAGCAGGAGCGACAAGACACUUGGCAAGAGACCAAGCAAUCGAGACGGAGAAAAGAAGAAAUCGAUGAGAUGACCAGAUCCAAUGCAUUUCGAAGGAAGGUUUGUUCCUGGGAGGCCUUUGACACCGGAAGAUGCACAUGCCAAAUGCUUUGGCUUGUGCUGGCUUACCUUUGGGGCUUGGCCUGCUUGAUCGGCACCAUCGGGUGGAAGAACCUCUUCCUCGUACCUUUUGCCUUCGGCCCGUUCCUUUGUGUCGCUGCGCGCCACGUGUGCUCAGCCGCCGGCUGUUGUGGCAAACGGUGGCAUCGGGAAGCAGAGCUCUUCGUCCGGGAGACGACCAUCAUGUUUGAAGGAAAGGUCAUCGAGGAGCCCGGCACAGCCUGCGUUGCCUCCUGGCCCGGCAUCUACGCAACCGCAUGGCACUACUUGGCAAUGCGUGCCCGAGGUGGACAAACAAGCGCGGCAGUAGUUUUCCUACCCAAGGGUACCCAGCACUACGGCAAGCACUACCCAAUUCCGAAAGAGGAGGGGCUACAGGGUGAAUGCUGGUGCUUUGCACUUUAUGGGGAGAAGAAGGAAUGGGGCUGCCAGUGGUGGCUAUCAGACGAGCAGAGGUAUGAUGGCUCAUCGCAAUUCAGCCGGGAAAUGAAGCGCCUCUUCCGGAAAUGGCUGCCGCUUGAAGAUCUCAAAACUUUAGAAGAUUUAGAUGGCCUGGGACCUUCCCAGCGAGCUGAAGUAGCCUGGCUAGAUCGGAAGGGAUAUCCCUACAUCGAGAUGGAUGUGUCACCAUUUCUCCACACGCAAGAAGAAGAUCUUACGGCCACCAGCGCCGGCGAUGGCACCGAUCGAAGCGAAAGGAUCCGCGAAGCGCACUCGACUGCCGUGCUCGAGGACCACCAUGCCGCAAAGCGCAGGGUAGGACUGCCGGGACUGCGCGAGGUGAUCAAUGACUUGCAGGUUGCCAUUGAAGUUGCUGAAGGUCCAGGUCCAUGGCGGGUGGCGUAUCCCGAAGGCCGAGUUCAGGUGACCGGGGAAUCCUUCCAAGUGCGGCUGCGUGAAGAUGACACCAUCGCAGUGACGGUGCUGACGUCAGAGCUCGCUCUCGGACGCGAGAGGAAGGUGAUGGUGUCUGCAGUGGAUGAAGAGUUCGGUCGAAGGGUGGAUAUCUGGCUGCAGCAGGAGCAAAAGGCCAUUCGAGAGGAGGAGAAGUGGCGCCGAGAGGCGGAGAACCGCGUCCGCGACCGGACGAUCAUGUUCGAAGGAAAGAUCAGUGAGGAGCCUGGCACAGCCUGUAUUGCCUCUUGGCCGGGCCUCUACGCAACAGCCUGGCAUUACUUGGCGCGACAAGCCCGAGGUGGGCAAACAAGCGCAGCAGUAGUUUUCCUUCCCGAGGGCACUCAGUAUUAUGGAAACCACAGCCCAAUCCCCGAGGAGGAGGGCUUGUGUGGCGCUUGUUGGUGCUUGGCACUCUAUGGAGAAGAGAAGGAAUGGGGCUGCCAGUGGUGGUCAGUAUGGAUUGAGAACAUCCACAAGGCCAUGCAGUAUGGUGUUGUCCUUCAUGUGUACUUUUGGGAGGGUCUCCGUAGCAAAGGGAAGGUGGCAAGUUUUGCCACUGUCGGGCAAGAAAAUCUUGUUAGAGAGAGUGUGAGAAAGAAGAUGCAGGACUUUGAGAGGUCCAAAGAGUAUGCGGAUGCCAAGCAAGCUGGCUUGCUGAAGCUUUCUGACAGGAAACGCUAUGAUGGCUCGUCCCAACAGAGCCGGGAAGUCCAGCGCCUCUUCCGGAAGUGGCUGCCACCCGAAGAGUGCAGGAUUAUAGAAGACGCAGAAGGGCUGGGAGAUUCCCAGCGAGCUGAAGUAGCCUGGCUCGAUCGGAAGGGAUAUCCCUACAUCGAGAUGGAUGUGUCACCCUUUCUCCAGCCAUCAGAUGAAGGAGACGCACAAGUUCAGGAGGCGGGAGACGAAGCAAACACCUGUCGACCAAGAUGCGAUUUCAUUUGCAGGUGUUGUCGUAGGGUGAGCAAUUGGUGGCGGUCAAGAUCAUCUCAAGAGCAGCUGCAAGAGCAUUUGCUUUCAACUGCUUGA